AUGGUGCAUCAGAUCUACUAUUGGAGCGAUUCUACUAUAACGUUGUCAUGGAUCGGUGGAGAGCCCAACAAAUGGAAUACAUUCGUGGCUAAUAGAGUGGCGGAGAUACAUCGAAUCACCGAUAAAGCAUCAUGGUAUCACAUAAACUCGGAAGAUAAUCCUGCUGACCCAUUGUCAAGAGGACUCAGCCCUGAUAAGUUGCAAUCAAAGAAGAUUUGGUGGGAAGGCCCAGAAUUCUUGCAACGUGAGUCAACAUUGCAGGCAUAUGAUUGCAGAAGCAAUAAAUCUCACAUACCGGAAAGGCGUAAUGUAAAAGCGGUGGUACUUACAUCAACGAACAGAGUUAACCCAUCCAUCAUUCAGAAGUUCUCGUCACUUACCAGGUUAAAACGCGUAAUAGCUUAUUGCUUCCGGUUUAAAAGUAACUCGUUGAAACCGGCGAAUCGCGUUAGCGGCCCGUUAACAGUAUUAGAGUUAGAACAGGCCAUGACAACAGUAAUAAAAAUCUCUCAGACAAACGAAUUCUCAAAAGAAUUGGAUAGCUUAGUCAAGGGAGCGAAGACAGAUGCGAAAAGUAGGCUUUCGACUUUGCAUCCAUUUCUUGAUUCCAACGGCGUCAUUCGUGUGGGGGGAAGGCUCCAUCAUGCACCAUUAGAAUACACGCAGAAGCAUCCUAUUGUGCUGCCACAAAAGAAUCAUCUUACCGACUUAAUAAUAAGAGACGUGCAUUAUAGAAACUUGCAUGCUGGCCCACAGGCAGUCUUAGCGAUAUUGCGUAACGAAUUUUGGCCAACAGCCGGUAAGAGCGAAGUGCGGAAAAUAUUGAGAAACUGUAUUGUCUGUUUUCGCGUCAAGCCCACCAAUGUAACCCAACUAAUGGGAAAUCUGCCAGCAGUAAGGAUAACGCAAGCUAGAGCAUUUUAUAACACCGGCAUCGAUUAUGCAGGUCCCUUCAAUAUAAAAAUAUCGAGAAACAAGACGGGUAAGGCAUACUUAGCGAUUUUUAUAUGUCUAGCCACUAAGGCUGUUCAUUUCGAACUAGUAUCAGACCUAACUGCCGCGGCUUUUCUCAAUGCGCUAAAGCGUUUCAUCUCUCGAAGGGGAAGAUGUGCCACAUUGUAUUCGGACAACGGCACAACAUUCGUCGGAGCAAAUAAUCAGCUAGCAGAUUUAAAAGAAUGUCUUCUUAAGGAGAGCACUCAAAAACAGAUACACGAUUACUUGACGGAACAAUUUAUCGAGUGGAAGUUUAUUCCGCCAUACUCUCCGCAGGUCGGAGGAUUAUGGGAGGCAGCCGUAAAGUCGGCAAAGGCGCACAUGAGAAGAGGCGAGUUGGAGCUAACAUUGGUACAGUUGCUGCUGCAAGACAACGAGAUACAUUAG